CAUCGCCGGAUUAUAGCGACUAUGACCAAGCAACUUUACCAUUGCAGCUUCGAGAUUCACGGCCAUGUGCAGGGAGUCCACUUCCGCAGAUGUACGGAGCGAAAAUCCAAGGAGUUGGGCUUACGCGGCUGGGUCAUGAAUACGGAACAGGGCACUGUAAAAGGCGAAAUACAGGGGAAUGCCGAACAGUUGCAGCAAAUGAAACGAUGGCUACAGAUAAAUGGCAGUCCUCGGUCCCGUAUCGACAAGGCAUCGUUUAGUGAUCUGCGCAAAAUCUCCAAGUUUCAUUUCGAUAACUUCACCAUACGCAAGCAUCCACCAAUCAAUUUAACCAACAUGAAUUCAUCCUAAUUCAAAUAUGAAAUAAAUUCUUUGAAUUUGUCCGAAGAA